AUGGCAUACUGUAGAGAAAUGACUGUUGCUGCAGCAACGUUCAACACUAGACGUCAACGAUUUAGCGGUGUUACUGAAGAACCCGAUGAAGUUUUACCACCAUUACCACCAAUUGUUCAUACCAAUUCAACCUCGUCAUUAUAUGAAGCAGUGAAACCAAUAUAUCAUUUAGUUGCAAAUUUAAAAAAUAAAGUUACAUAUGCGUUAGAAGAAUGCAAAAAUCCAAAAGAUGAUUUAACAUGUGAUGAAUCUGCUGCUAUUUAUCUUUACACAUUACAAUGGCCAGAAGGACAGCAUUCUUUUUUUACAAUGUUUAAUCGUGCGUUACGUAAUGAAAAUCGUACACAACUUAUACCGUAUUAUAAUUAUUUGAAUUUAUUUAUGCUAGCAAUGAAUAAACUACCAGCAGUUGAAGACCGCGUGUGGCGUGGUGAAAAUAUUGAUUUGAAAGUUAAAUAUAAACAAGGUAAGAAAAAUCGUGAUAAACAAACUUUCUCUAGUGUGGGAAGAGACCUAAGAUCAGAAGUAUAA